GGUGGUGGCACCAAGGGCUCCUUUAAUUAUAACUCCACAUUUGCAUGUACACAGCCAUAAUUGCACAGACGUGACCAGCUACACCAGUGCCCCCCACCCCCCUUCAUCCCAUACCCACUGUUGUCUAGUGUUGUUCCAACGUUCCUACCCAUGUCCUUAUCACAUAACUAUGAGAGUAUACAUUGUUUUCUCACACAUAAAGUAAGAAAAUCGAUACAGCUCCCUUUCAAUAGCACCAGACCCACCUUGUGAAGCGUGGGAGACAAGGGUGCUCAGAAAUGAGUCCUAUCCUUGGAAAGAGGGUGAGGGUUUGGUGCAGAUUUGUUUGGAUGGGUCAGUGGAGGUUUGUCUGUGACGAUGGAUGGGAUAUUAAUGCUGCAAGAGUUUUCUGCAGGGAACAUUACUUGCUUACUGAAGACACUGCUAUAACUUCUUUUCAUUAUCAUUUUGAUAUUGAUAUCAAUCAAGUACAUUACUGGCUGGAUGAUAUUCAAUGUACUGGACAAGAAGAAUGCUUGAUGGACUGUGAGCAUGAACGUCUGGGUGUUCACAACUGUGCACAGGAUGAGAUAGCGGCUGUCAUGUGCAAUGGCACCGAACAAAUGUCUGUACUUGAACCUUACCCCGGCGGGACAGCACAUGGUCCAUUCCAUGGUCUCAAACAAAUAGAUUAUGCAAUUGGAGCUGUUGCUACAGUUGAAGUAGGAGAUAUCUGUGGCCUGAUUGAAUUUGAUCUUGAAGGCAAUGGAACGAUCACCGUGGAGGUCGACAUACUGGGACUGAAAGCCACAGAAAGGUAUGAUUGGGGAAUCAAUGAUGAUGCAACAGGCAUAUGCACAGAGAUACCCCUUGAUCCAGCCGGGUUUUUGGAAAACUGCAACUAUGAUAAGCACUGCAGACACUCAUUUAUAAAAGCUGAGUGUGCUGCAGGUGACUACACUCAACGGUUUGGAUCACUGGACGGGAGUGGGAGGAAGAGAGUUCUGGAAAACAGAACAAAGGAAGUUACAUUGCAAUCUUUGCUGAAUAACUCUUUUUUUAUCAAUGUCGAAGGCGAAGCUCUAUGUGGAAAACUAAUGCCUGUAUUUGGAUGAAAGAGCUUGGUCUAGCAGUACUAACGCUCUUCGACAAGCACACUGCCAUCAGAUACCGAACAUUGUUCUGCGCUGAGGGUUUGCACUUUUGUGCCUUUCAUUAUGCAAGUGGAAAUCCACGGUACGGUACUUGGUUCGUGAGUGUGUCUGUCUGUCUGUCUGUCUAUCUGUCUAUCUGUCUGUUACCACGUUUUCUGCUACCACGCGCAAGAAAUUGGCCAAAGAGCGAUAGUAACGGGUUCAGUGCUACAAUGGGAGUGAGAGGAAGGGAGUGUCAUCAUAACGGAGUGGGAGAUCAUAACUGCGGUUAUAUCGAGGAUGCUGGUGUUGUGUGUUCUGAUGGGGUGCCAAGUGUGUGCGAGAAUGGGCAAGUCCGUCUGGUUGAUGGGAGUGACACUGAGGGACGGGUGGAAGUUUGCUUCAACAACACGUGGGGAACAGUCUGUGAUGACGAUUGGGACAGUGAUGAUGCUAGAGUUGUCUGCAGACAGCUUGGACUCCCAACUGAAUAUGCAGUGGCAUAUUCAAACGCCAGAUAUGGGGAGGGAGAAGGGCCAAUACUACUGGAUGACGUGGAAUGUUUUGGAUUCGAACCAUUGUUACAGCUGUGUCAGCAUAAUGGAGUGGGGAACAAUAACUGUGGCCAUUUGGAAGAUGCUAGUGUUAGUUGUUCCACUGAACGGCCCAUGUUUUGUGGAGAGGAUGAAUUCCAGUGUCCGGGUGAUGAUUUCGGCUUUCCUAGAUGUCUACCAUUCAUGUACUUGUGUGAUUCAAUUGUAGACUGUGUCGAUGGAUUUGAUGAACAAAACUGUAGCACAAUUGAACUCACAAGUCCAUGUGAAUACUCUGUGAAAGAGGGAGAGACAGAGAGCAUAAAAGUAUGCCUGACUGUCACCAAAGUCGCACGGAGCUUGAUACACAGGGUAUUUCCUAUUGAGGUCACUCCAUUUGGAUCAGCAAAAAAUGAAACAGAUUAUACUUUCUACAACGAAACGAUUGUCUUCAACGGGAGCUACUCUGAGGGAGACUCAGAGUGUGUUGUGGUGACUGUCAUUGCUCAUACUGAUGGUAUAGUGGAGGGAAUUGAAAUGAUCUCUGUUAGUGUAGGACAGUUGGUUAACCCAGUAUAUGUCUUCGUCAUUGAUUACGACUACCUGAAGGUUGGAUUUGUGAACGCAUCAUACUCUGUGUCUGAGUCAUCAGGUGUGGUGGAGAUAGCAGUGACGGCAUUCCCAGAUAGUAGUGGAAACGUUCCCAGCAUUGGAAUACCGUUUGGUCUGAGGAUUACAAGUGGAGACGGAACAGCUGUUGCUGGUGAAGACUAUCAAGAUGUUCUUGCAACAGUUUACUUCCGUCCCGACCACACUCCAUCGGCUGUAAUACGAGUCAGUAUCACUGACGACAGCUUGAGUGAAGGAGAAGAACGAUUCACAGUGCAACUAAAGAGCUACGAUUUGCCUAUUGUUUUGGCCAAUACUGUGACCGAAAUUGUGAUCGAAGAUGAUGACGAGAUGAGAUGUCCAGACUUGGAAAACCCAGCCGACGGCUCUGUGGUGUAUGACGGCCUAGUUGUUGGCUCACAAGCGACAUACUCUUGCGAUGACGGAUAUAGACUGGUUGGUGGCAGUACCAGAACCUGUGAGAGUGACGGGACAUGGAGUGGAGAGUCACCUCUCUGUAGCCAGAGCGUGGUGGUGUGUACUGUGGAACUCGUUGGUGAGAUAGAAGUGGAGAUAAAUUCUGCUACCUAUUCAUUCAGUGGUGUUGGCUCUGACAUUACUGGUUUUGUCUGUAAACUGGACGGAGUAACCUUGCCAGACUGUUCUGGUACCCUGACUGGUCUUAGUCCAGGACAGCACUGGCUGAGGAUUGUCCCAGUAGGAUGCAGUGUCAACAGUGGUGUGACCUUCUGUUUCGAAGUUUGAUGAUAGGGUCAUCAAAUUUAACUCCUAUAUAUAAAGAACAAUGACAUGACUGUAGCUCUGCUGUAUAUUACGUUGAAUUUCCGUAUCUUUAAUGGAAACUUAUUCAGUGCUCA